ACCCGAAGACGGCGUCUCUUGUCAGCCACACGAACGCCUGCACGCCGCGGCCUCGCAUUCGCACGAUGGGUUCGCUCGGCGUUGGCCACCGUUUUCUGGCCGCCAUUUUGGCGCUGUCGUACGCGCGCCCGGCAACGGGUCAGUACGAUUUCAACGACAACCCUUACGAGCAAACCGGCCAAUCGUAUUGGCAACAGGUGCAGCAACGGCCGCAGGACUUUAUCGAACAGCAGUACGGCCGGUCCCCGUACACCAACCCGCUGGACAACCAACGGCAGCAGCAGCAGCAGCAGCAACAGCAGCGGCUGCAGCAACAGCAGCAGCAGCAACAACAGCGUAAGCAACAGCAGCAAAACGCGAACUUCAAUCAAAACCGAAAUCAACAAGACCCGUUCGGAACGCAACGCAGACAGAAUUAUAAUAAUUUUGCAUCUAGAUAUGCACCUCCUACGUUAAGAUUACAAGCCGGUGCAGCUCCGUACGUCCUAACCGAGGACAGAUUAGCAGAAAUUCGACAAGAGUUUAUGUAUUGGUAUUUCGAUAAAGGUGGCGACAAUGAUCAAGGAGACUAUCAAACCGACAUCCACGGGUCUAUGCCCCAAGUCCAUAAGAAUUUUAAUUUCCAAUUGCCGUUCUUCGGUUUCCGAUUCAAUUACACUAGGGUGUCAAUGAACGGUUAUUUGGAAUUCAGCGACCCGCCGAAACACUAUAGAUAUCCGUUGUCGUUCCCAAUCAAGGAGUGGCCCAAAAAGAACGAUCCGUCCUUCAUCGGUAUAUUCUACAGCAAAUGUCGAAUCGGCUCGCUCAGAGCCGACGAUGUCGACAGGCGUAAACCCGGCGUGUACUUCCGCCUGGAGAGGGAUUUACAAGCUCGAACUGAUCAAUUCGGAGUGGAAAUGAGGGAACGGCUCAUGUGGGAUAUCCGAGAAGGCGUAGUUGGUGCGGACUCGUUCGUGCCCAAACAUUCAGCUAUCAUCACGUGGAAAAAUAUGUCGUUCGCGGGUGGAAUUGACAACUCACUUUACACGACAAAUACGUUUCAAUUAAUCUUGGCUACCGACGAAGUUUUCACUUACGCCAUUUUCAAUUAUGUAGACAUGCAAUGGACCAGUCAUACGGAAGCCGGCGGUGACACGACCGGGGGAGAAGGAGGAGUGCCGGCAUUCGUGGGAUUCAACGCGGGAAACGGGACUCGAAGUUUCGAGUACUAUCCAUAUUCCCAAAGAUCGACCAUCAGAGACCUGGUGGGUCGUGGUUGGGCCAACAAUUUCCCAGGUCGGCAUAUUUUCCGAAUCGACGAGAACAUAAUGUUGGGAACGUGCAACAAGGACAUCGCCGGUACGAAUUUGCCGUUGGUCUUCGCACCCGAAAGUGGCAACAUGUUGGGCGGCACCGUCGUCAACAUCACUGGACCGUGCUUCGAACCUGGCGAUAAAGUCCGAUGCAAAUUUGACACGGAAGAAGUCGUUGGUACCGUGGUGAACAGGAACCGUGCCGUUUGCAUACAACCGUUUUUGAUGGCCGAAGGUUAUGUGAUAUUCGACGUGGCGAUUGGCGACGAGAAGUACAACUGGAAAGGAAAAUACUUUGUGGAGACGCCGGCCACAGCUACCGAACGCAUACGGUUCCACGACGGAGCGGUGCGAGAAAGAAAACCCAAGGAAAUAAAGAUCACGUGGGAAAAGCAAAAUCUCACAACGAAUUUCGAUGCGCAAAUCAAGAUAUCGCUCUAUGGUUAUAGGGAAGUGACAAUAGCGCCAGAGCUGGUAUACAUUGACGUCAUAGCGGAAAACAUUCCAAACUCCGGUGAAUACGUGAUAAGCCCAAAGGCUUUUGAAGACCGCGAGAACACACGAAACUUAGAUCUGACAUUUGGGUUCUUGCAGAUACAACUGGUCAACCCGACCAUGUACUCCGGCAUUUCGAUCUCUCCGAUACUGUGGAGCAAACCGGUACCGCUCGGGUGGUACUUCGCGCCACAAUGGGAAGAGUGGUACGGGCCCACGUGGCCCCAGAAGCUGUGCGAUGAUUGGAUCAAGAACGACAGGUACCUAAAGAAUUUCGCGGCCGAAAUAUUCCAGUGCCCGUGCACGCUGGAACACGCGCUCGUCGACCGGGGCCGGUUCUUGCCGGACGCGGACUGCGACAGGGACGCAAACCCGCAGUGCCUGUACAACAAGGGAGCGGUGCACUGCGUGACGACCGGCGCGCCCAGCAUGGAGGGCUCGGAGCAGCAAUGCUGCUACGACAAAAACAACUUCCUGAUGCUGUCCUACGACCAGCAGUGGGGCUCGAGGCCCAGAAGAUCGCAUAACCUGGGAUUCCUACCAUGGACGGAGGCGAACAAAGUACCGACGCUGUCCCAGUGGUUCCAUGACAUGAGCCCGUUUUUCCCGUGCUGCUUAUGGCAGGAGGAGCAAGCGGUCGGCUGCGAGACUUACCGUUUCGAAAGACGUCCGACCCAAGACUGCGUCGCGUACCAAUCACCGUACGUGGCUACCGUGUUCGGCGACCCACACGUGAUCACGUUCGACGAUCUGGAAUACACUUUCAACGGCAAAGGCGAGUUUGUGUUGGUACACGUGGAUUCGGAGAAGUUCAAGUUCGACGUCCAAGGCAGGUUCGAACAGUUACCGGACAACAUUUACGGCCCGGUGAGGGCGACCACGCUGACUUCCGUAGUGUCACGCGACAACACGUCCACCGUGAUCGAAGUGCGGCUACGGCCGAAAGCCGCCCAAUGGCGGUACAGGCUGGACGUGUUCGCCGACGGCAAACGGGUGUACUUCGACAGACCGGCGCUGAAAGUGCAACACUUCCACGGUGUAACCGUUUACUCGCCGUCGUACGUGCUGAACCAGUCCGAGAUAGUGGUCAUGUUCCAGUCGGGAGCCGGGUUGGAAGUGUUGGAAAACAAAGGGUUCAUGACCACUCGGGUGUACCUGCCCUGGCAGUUUAUCAAUCGAACGAGAGGGCUGUUCGGUAACUGGAGUUUUGAUCAGUCGGACGACUUCACAUUACCCGACGGAAUGCUGGUACAACCGAACACGUACGAUUUCGAAUCGGUACACAAGCAGUACGCUUCUAAUUGGAUCUUAGAAGAUAGGGACGAGAAAAACAAGGGCGGCGCGUUGUUUUUCCGCGAAUACGGUCGGACGGCCAGUUACUACGCGAACCGAACGUUCGAACCGGUUUUCGAGUCCACCCCGGAACUCAUCAUACCCGCCAACCGUUCUGCCGACAUACAAAAAGCCAACGAGUUGUGUGGCGACUCGUACCAGUGUAAAUACGACUACUCGGUCAGUCUCAACAGAGAUCUGGCAUUCUACACGUUGCAAUAUCAAGAUGGGUUCGUCAACACGAAAAAAAUGAGCAAACAGAGAGUGAUUUCGUGUGGUGUUUUGGAAACGCCACGUUUCGGUCGGAAGAGUAACUUUUUAUUCGUUCCCAACACCAAAGUGACGUUCGAAUGCAACCAAGAGUUCGUAUUGAUUGGUGACCAGAGGCGAUCCUGUUCAUCGGACGGAAAAUGGGAUAUUCCGGAGUAUGGGUACACGGAAUGUUUACGUCACGUGGAGUACGAGUCGAGGAGCGCGUGGACCACGAUCGCCCUGAUAGCGUGCAUCAUGGUACCGCUGCUGGUAGGCAUCUGCUGCGUGGUGUCGCAGGUGUACCGGCGCAGCGGCCGGCUGAGCCUGCGGUACCAGACGACGCGGGCGGCCAAGAGGCGCAACUCGGUGCUGGCCCUGAGCACGGUCGAUCUGUCGGGGGCGGGGCUCGGUAGGGGCGGCGGAGAGGAUACGCGCGGCGGUGGCGGCGCGGACGAUCGUCCCGACGACGCGGACGUCAGCGACUCGUCCGAAGCGCCGGACGGCUCGGUGCCGAGUUCCACGAACCCGCGCCGGUCCUACGACGCCGUGUACCGGACGCACGAGCCGCUGCCCGGCAAACCGGACGUGGACUUCGAGCCGAAGGUCUGGGACUUGGACGCCGAGUACGAGCGCCAGCUGUACAAGGUGGACAAGAGGACGGCCAUUUACGUUCCGGGGUCGCCGCCGCCGUCCACCGCCAACCGGCCGGCCGACGAACCCGCGGCCGGACCGUCGGUCGCGGUCCAGAAGCAGAUUUUACCGUCCAGAUUCAAAGACUCGUUUUAACGGAACGUUCGCGGAACAGUGUCCCCGUUCCCGUGGACCGUACCGAAAGCGAACCGGUUUUUCCGCCUGUUCACACCUAACCUGUCCGCCAAAAACCGUCGGAAAACCAACGUCUUUCGGUUCGACGAUUGCUGCGGACAGUUCAUAUCCUAAUUGUAGAUAUAUAAAUAGUUUUCUAAUUCGCCGCCAAAACGGUUUCCGGCGAGCCGUUCGUUUUCGGUACCUCCACGACCACAACACUGCAUACUGUUUUCACUUGUAACGCGACAUUAUUGUGUAAGAGGACGAAUUUUCAUUCCACGUAACGACCACGGUUAUUUCGCUGCGGUGAAUAUUCCAGUUUUAUUUCCGGCCGGUAUUCAAAAAAAAAAAAACCGUUCGAAAUUUCGCGAUUAUAAUUUUUCGUAAAUGAUAUUUUCUCUGAUCACUUCACGUGCCAACUACUUUUUCACACGCGGAUACGCACAACGAAAAGUCACGGCGCGCUAGCCUACCGCAGGACGGUCUUCCGAAUGGUUGUUCAACGUACUUACGAUAGAUAAUCACAGCGGCGGAUUGGUUAAAAAUUUCGGCCCGGUAAAUUACCGUAUGACCGGCCCACCAUUCAAUAAUAAUAACUGUCCAUAAAAGUCUCCUUUAUUCGUGGAUUAAAUGCACGUGGAAUCGUUUACAUCACGUUUACACUGGGUUUUUAUCACAAUCUUGCAAUUAAAUGCAAUAAACUUAAACACAUUAUUUUUAUAAAAUAAUUUUCAAUCCAAGUACAUCGGCCCAGCGUUAUAAUACGACUACCGGCCCACCGGGAACUUUCCCGGUAUCCCGGUGGGCCAGUCCGCCGCUGGAUAAUCAGAUAUUAAAUCCGUAGUGUUUACAUCACCGAUCCGUGCGCGACCGCGCGUGCAUCGACUGGUCUACAGCUGCGGUAUGGUACUACUUUCGUGUGAUAACGCAGUGGAAAGCGUCUAUGGAUGACAGCGGUCGGUUCGACCGAUACGCAUUUACGGUAGCGAUCCCGGCGGAAAUCCGUACGAUUACAUGAAAAACCAUCCGUCGGACGAAUCGUCAAGUUUUCUCGUCCCCUCGACGCCGUCGUUGUAAAUAGUUUCUACCGUAUACUAAUUAUAUGGUUUCUUACUCGUUUACCGAAUAGCGCGAUACGCUUACGUGAACGUAAAUAAUCUGUACUCCGGGUCUUCCGAAAGCAAUUCGACAUCAACAACUGCUGCGUUAACCUACUGUUUCACCGCGAAGUGCUCAGAUCAAAGAGGUGGGGGGGGAAUAAAUGACCGAUUACAUUUAAAAACCAUUUCGGCAGGUGAAUAAUUUCAGUCGAGCAGUAUUUGUUUAUUUUUCUCUCCAAGCGAAAAGAGAGAAAAGAAAAACGUGUAUUUUUUAAAAUUUCAAACAAAAACCUGCAUCUUCAAACCAUAUUCGAUGUACGUUCAGUCAUGAGGUUCCUUAUAUUAUUAAACUUAUGUAGGUCAUAGGGCCCUGUACAUUAGCGUACUCGUGUAGGCCAUAAAAAGCGGAACGGUUUAACGGAAUAGCCGAGCGAACAUAAUAUAUUUAACGCUAAAUAAUAAUAUAUACGGUUUCCUAGUCGAUUCGGGUUUCAAUCGUUUGGACAACAACGAGUAGGUGGUAUACGUCCUGACCGUUCCUCGUACAUUUCUACGUGAUCGCUUUUUUUUUUUUUACCGCGGACAAUAUAUGAAAA